UGGACGAAGCCGGACUCCGAGGGACCCACUGCAACCGUUCAGGGUUCGGGCCUGGGUGGGGGGCAGCAGCUUCAGGAUGGCUGCCCCUCGUCGCUGGACUUCGCUCCUGGUCCUGGGCUGCUGCGUGGCCUUGCUCUUGCAGGUCCGCGUCCACACGGCCUCUCCGGAGCCCGUCUAUCCCGGGGACGAUGCCUCCCCAGAACAGCUGGCCCAAUACGUGGCAGCCCUGCGCCGGUACAUCAACGUCGUCACCCGCCCCAGGUAUGGAAAACGCUCCCCGGGCCGGAACCUCUAUGAGGCCAUGGAGGACUUCGACCAGUAGUGGCCGGGCCCGCUGAGUUCACCUGGACAGGGUCCCGUGGGCCGCGGCAGAACCCCCCUUCACCACCGCUUCUUGGAUGACUCCAAGCAGAGCUGACCCCCGUCCUCCCCCCACC